AUGGUGGUGGUGGUGGACUGCGGCAGCUGCAUGUGCAAGGCCGGCUUCGCCGGGGACGCGGCGCCCCGCGCCGUUUUCCCCUCCGUGGUGGAGCGGCCCCGGCCGGGGGUCAUGGCAGGCGCCCUGGCGGGCCGGACCCGUGACCAAGCAGACCGCCAGCGGCGGCGCUACGUGUUUCCCAUCCAAAAGGGCCUCGUGAUAAGCUGGGAUUACGUGGAGCGGCUCUGGCACCACCUGUUCUACAACGAGCUGCUGGUGGCUCCGGAGGAGCAUCCCGUGCUUCUGACGGAGGCCCCGGUGACGCCCAAGGCGGACCGGGAGCGCACCACGCAGAUCAUGUUCGAGACCUUCGACCUGCCCGCGCUGUACGUCGCCUGCGCCUCGGUGCUGUCGCUCUAUGCCUCGGGGCGGCUGACGGGGCUGGUGGUGGAGUGCGGCCACGAGGUGAGCCACGCGGUGCCCGUGUGGGAGGGCUACGUCCUGUCGCACGCGGUGUGUCGGCUGGAGGUGGGGGGCGGGGACGUGACGGAGUAUCUCGGCAAGCUUCUCAAGGAGCGGGGGUACAACCUGACCACGCCAGCGGAGCGCGAGAUUGUCCGCGACAUCAAGGAGGCGAUGUGCUACGUCGCCCUAGACUUUGGCCACGAGCAGAGGGUGGCCGACUCGAGCUUUUUGGAGCGACACUUCGAGCUGCCGCAGGGCGACGUCCUCACCCUGGGCAGCGAGCGUUUUCGGUGCCCCGAGGCGAUGUUCCGGCCGGACCUGCUGGGCCUCGAGGUGGCCGGACUUCACGACACGGUGUUUCAGUCCCUCAUGAAAUGCGACGCCGAUGUUCGGCCCAGCCUUUACGACAACGUGGUUCUCUCAGGCGGGGCCAGUCUGGUGCCGGGCUUCCGGGAGCGCCUGGCGAAGGAGCUCUCGGAGAUGGCCUCUGUGCCGAUCUCGGUGGCGGCGCCGCCGGAGCGGAGGUACGGCGCCUGGCUGGGGGGCGCCCUGAUCACGGCGCAGCCGGCCUUCGGGCGGAUGUGGAUCUCCAAGGCGGACUACGACGCAGCAGGUCCUGAGAUUGUCCACGUGAAGUGCAUCUAG